AUGCUGCCACCUCUAGCACUCUGCAUCAACCAAGAAGGCAUGUACCUCCAAAAAGUGAAGCUCAGCUUUGACGACCCCGUCAAUGUCCUCUCCAACUGGAACCCACUUGAUGUCGUGCCCUGCAACUGGUAUGGAGUCACCUGCUCGCUUGAUCUCUCCAGCUCCAACCUGUGUGGCCCCUUCCCUUAUAUUCUCUAUCGGUUGAAGAACGUGACUUUUGUUUCUCUCUACGACAAUUUCAUCAACUCCACUCUUUUCGACAUGGACAUUGCCCUGUGUCAGUCAUUAGAGCACCUAGAUUUGGCGUAG